AUGGAGGGUCGACAACGUGUGCAGCAGAACGACCUGCUGCUACAUGAGGCGGUCAUUAAGAAUGAGCCGGCGGCCGUAAGGGAAGCGUUGCAGCGACCUACAGACGUCAACUGUAGGAAUAAUUACGGAAGAGCUCCAAUUCACUGGGCAGCCAGUAGAGGAAAUGUGGAAAUUAUAAAUUUACUCAUCGAUGCCAAAUGCGACAUAGAAGCUGUAGACAAGUUCGGAAUGCGGCCUCUGCUGAUGGCAGCUUGGCACGGGCACCUGGAUGCUGUGAAGACGCUGGUACAAGCCGGCGCUUGUCUUGCGGCUACUAAUAAGAAACACAACGACCUCCUACAAUGCGCCUGUGUCAAAGGUUCAGUGGACGUCGUCGCAUAUGCAAUGACUCUUGGAGCGAGUGUACAAGGUACGGACGCUGCUGGGGACACGCCACUGGCGCUGGCUGCGAGAGCUGGACACACAGCUGUUGUGGAGUUGCUACUGGAGAAAGGCGCGUUCAUCGAUGCCGUCAACAAGACUGGACGUACAGCGCUACAUGUAGCAUGCGAAGGAGGUCACUCAGACACCGCUGUUCUCCUAGUAUCCAAAGGAGCAUCGCGCGAAGCGAGAGACAACUCGGGCCGCACUCCUCUCCAUAUUGCCGCUGUUCACAGACACACUGAACUCGUACGAACUCUACUCGAGACGGACUGUGAAGUCGAUACUACUGAUAAUAAUGGCGUAACGGCGUUACAAAUGGCGUGCGCACAGGGCUGCAGAGGUAUUGUGGAGCACUUACUUGCAUUCGGUGCGAAUGUUCAUUUGCAAAAUAAUGUCGGCUCAUCAGCCUUGCACGCGGCGUGCGCUGCUGAUGCGGCAGACAUCGUUGAACUUUUGCUGGCGCACGGAGCUGACCCCGCACUCACUGAUAAGUGGUCCCAAUCACCAGUGAGUGUCGCAGGCAGUGCAGCAGAGUCGCCACCGGAAGGCUUCCGCCGAGCAGCUAGAGGUUCUUUCUCUGCCAUUCUGGAUUUGCUCACAGCUACGGCCAACGUGGAUUACCAUCAGGAUCAAUCAGAUGGAUCGUCAACACUUCGUGCUGAUGACAAAUCAGGCGGUCAUUCACCUGCUCCGAAUGAAGGCUGCGCUCGCUACAGGGAGCUGUGCUACAGAGCAUCGCAGGCGCAUCUUCCAGAUGAAAUGCCGCCGCAUCCAUGUGACUGCGUCAACUGUACCUCGCGACGAAAUUCUUGUAAUGAGCCCUGA